UCCGGCUCAUGCACUAGCGGUACAGUACAGACACUCUGGCCACAGCAGACAGCACCAGCACAUGCAUUACUGAAGUUGUACAGUGUGUAACUAGCUUAUUCAACUCCUAUACAGCUGACUGUUGUAUUGAUGUUCAACGCUUGACAGGACACACAGCAAACUAUUUGAAUGCUGGGACAGAGAGCUGUUAUUAUACAGUGAUUGUUUAUGGAUAACAGUAGUGAAGAUCGACGCUGUAGCUUGCCUUUAUCAGUAUGUCUUACUUGGAGUGGGCUGAGUCUCAGCUGGCAGAGAUCGAGCUGCUGACCAGUAUGUUUCCCACCCGGGAGGAGCUGGAGAUCACAGACCAGCUGGCACUAGCCGAGCUCAGGGACUAUGUGGAGGGUUCAGCUUCAACAGACUGCCCCCCUCCCUCCAGACCCCACUUUUUCAUCAAACAGAAGCUGGACACUGCAAGCAUGGAGAGGACUGAUGUCAUUCUAUCCUGUACUUAUCCAUCCGAAUAUCCCAGUGUGUUACCAGAAAUAACACUCCGGUGUGCAUAUCUCAGCAGGGCCCAGCAGACGCAGCUCCACACAGAUCUCAAUGCGUACCUCAUGGAACAUUGCCUGGGGGAAGUGUGUGUGCUCUCCGCUGUGGAAUGGGUGAAAGACAACCUGCAGCUUUUCAUUAACAAGAGCUUAUCAGCAGCACCGACUCCUAAGAAAGAGUCUUCCUCUCCGCGGCCACAGGAAACGUUCAGCCGUCUGUGGAUUUACAGUCAUCACAUCUACAACAAGACGAAGAGGAAGAACAUCUUGGAGUGGUCCAAGGAGCUGGGCCUGUCAGGAUUUAGCAUGCCUGGGAAACCUGGUAUUGUGUGUGUGGAAGGUCUUCAUUUUGCCUGCGAGGAGUUCUGGUCCAGAGUGAAGGCUCUGACAUGGAAGAAGAUCAUGAUUCGACACAGAGAGGAUUUUCCCCUUGAUGGUCAGUGCGGGGACAACAGGACUGUAGAAAGUAUAGACUCCCGGCGCAAAUUCACAGGCUUUGAAGAGGCAAUGUUUGACCCCCAUGGGAACAGAGGUAAUCACAUGGACCUUGGGCAGCUCUACCAGUUCUUAAAUGAGAAAGGCUGUUGUGAAAUAUUUCAGAUGUAUUUUGGCAUUGAAGGGAGGUGAUUGCUGGACCCAAAGAACGAACAUUCCUAAGGAUUUGACAAGUGCCUGCCGAAAGUCACUUCUUUUGAAAUGUGUAUUUACUAAAAAUGUAAAAAGGAUUCAUAACUGUUUCACAUACAGUACAAUAAGCACACACAGGAACUGAGCAUGUGGUCACAUGUGCCUGAAAAAACUGAUUUGAACAACAUUUCUGCAAUGUUGAGAAACUAAAACUUACUUUAAGCUGUUAGGCAUGUUUUUCAAAAAGAAGCAAUAAAAAUAUGUUCAUCUGAGAGUUUAAUCGAGGACCCAAGAUAUAUUUGCAAUUUUAAUACACCAUGCAAAGAUCACACCUUGCCCUGGGUGCUUCUUUUCUCAAAAGGUACCACUGUGUAUUACUGCCAGGCUAUUGUAGGAUUGCAGGUCUAGAUACCACAUUAAUAAUUGGACAACAUAGUCAACAAUAUGCUAGAUAUCUACUUAUGAAAUCUGUUGAUUUUACUCCUAUGAAUUAUAGAUAAAAUAACCGAGGAAAAUCUCUCUCCAAUUGUCUUUAAAUGAUUCGUUCUUAGAUAAAUAGUGCAUAAUAAUGGAUUACACUCCAGUAAUUAAAAGGCAUGGUUAUUAAACAUGAAUGUAAUUUUGAGCUCCCUGACCAAGAUAAACAUUGAUGUGAAUUUUGUUCUUGUGCGAUUCAAUGGAAGAUUAUCAUAAUGUACAUGUUACUUUUAGGUGAUUUUAUCUCCUGACAGGAAGCACUUGUGUACUGUUCUUUUAAAGUCCAUCAUCAGUUCAUUCAUACCUUUUACAUACACAUAUCCAUUAUCAGAAGACUUGUAACUCAUAGGAGUUUGAACCCUAAGGGAACAUUUCAGAGUUCAGGCUUUGUUAAAAAUUAACAGAUGACAUGUGAAAAUCCGUUUUCCUAUUUAGUUAUGCCUUUUUGUUAUCAGGGCUGUCGUACCAGAUCACUCUCAUGACCUGGUGCAGUUCAGCUCAACAUGGAGUUGUAUGAAACAGGAAAUCUAGAUUGGUCUGCUAGUUCAGUAGUUACAGGCACUGGAUUUAACUUAUUUUCAAACAUGCUGGGUCUUAGGGUCUACAAUGCCCAGCAGAUGGCAGCAUUAUAUUAUCAAAGUUGGGAAACAUGGCCUUAGAUCUAGAUGUUACCUGUAGUUUAUGGAUGUUAACAUAUGUAAACCUUAAACAAUAAACAAUCUGGAUCCCAAAAGACCAGUUUUGAUCUCAAA